AGCCGGCGGCCGAGCCCCCGCGGCCCGCCCCUCGCUGGCGCGGCGGGCUGAGUGCGCCCGGUCGGUCGCUGGCCGAGGUGCUGGCCGGGCCGGCGCUGGCCGCGGUGCUGAAACUGCCAGCGCUCCCGCCGCCGCCGCGUUCUCUGGGCCCGGCGCCGCCGCCCCCGAGGGCAUGGAGGGGCGCUGACUGAGGCUCCGCCGCCGCGGUGGGGGGGAGGGGCAGGGGGCCGCGGAGCCGGGCCAGCCCUGCACCCACUCGCAGCCUCCGGGCCCGGGACGGAGCCGCUCCCCCCCUCCCCACCCCGCCAGCCUCCUCCCCCGCCUGUCCAGGGGCGGCACUGCGGGCUGGGAAGCCGGGUUCAGAGGAGGGAAGGAAGGAAGGAAGGAAGGAAGGAAGGAAGGAAGGAAGGAAGGAAGGAAACAGAAGAGAAGAGAAGAGAGAAGAGAGGAGGAAGGGAAAGAAAAAGAGAUCCCCGGAGGAGCAUCAGAGGAAACGCAGGGCAGGCAGGAAGAAGAGAGAGGACAGCACUCUUGCGGCAGCAUUCAAAGGUCAGAGUGGGGACCCGGGCUGCCUCCGCUGCUCCUCGGAUGGUGACGGGGCCGCGCCGCGGCCGCAGCCCCUCGGAGCCCCACAGGAAUCAUGCCCAGGUCUUUUCUGGUCAAGAAGGUCAAACUUGACACAUUCUCCUCGGCGGACCUCGACAGCUCCUACGGGCGUGCCCGCAGCGACCUCGGUGUUCGACUACACGAGAAAGGAUACCUCAACGACUACGCAGGGCCUGCAUCUGUCUACGAUGGCGACGCCGAUGCGACCUUGCUCAAAGGGCCGUCCCCGGAGCCCAUGUAUGCCGCGGCCGUGCGGGGAGAGCUGGGCCCGGCGGCCGCGGGCUCGGCGCCACCGCCCACCCCACGCCCGGAGCUGGCCACUGCCGCGGGCGGCUACAUCAACGGCGACGCGGCGGUCAGCGAGGGCUACGCGGCCGACGCCUUCUUCAUCACCGACGGGCGCUCACGCCGAAAGGCUGCCAACACCAACGGGGCUGCAGCCCCCUCAGCGGUCGCGGCUGCCGCCCCCGACGGCGACGACGGAGGCGGGGCCGGGGCGGGCGCGCGAGGGGCGGGCGCGGGGCCCGGGAGCAGGGGCGGUGCGCGCGCGGGGGGCGGCACUGAGGCGCGCGCCGGGCCCGGAGUCGGCGGCCCGGCGGGCCGGCACGCUUGCGGCGAAUGCGGCAAGACGUACGCCACGUCGUCGAACCUGAGCCGCCAUAAGCAAACGCACCGCAGCCUGGACAGCCAGCUGGCUCGGCGCUGCCCGACGUGCGGCAAGGUGUACGUGUCCAUGCCGGCCAUGGCCAUGCACCUGCUCACGCACGACCUGCGCCACAAGUGCGGCGUGUGCGGCAAGGCUUUCUCCCGGCCUUGGCUGCUCCAGGGUCACAUGCGCUCCCACACCGGCGAGAAGCCCUUCGGCUGUGCGCACUGCGGCAAGGCCUUCGCCGACCGCUCCAACCUGCGCGCGCACAUGCAGACCCACUCGGCCUUCAAGCACUUCCAGUGUAAGCGCUGCAAGAAGAGCUUCGCACUCAAGUCCUAUCUCAACAAGCACUAUGAGUCGGCCUGCUUUAAGGGCGGCGCCGGCGGCGGCCCCGCGACCCCCGCGCCGCCGCAGCUCAGCCCAGUGCAGGCCUAGGGCAGCCGGGCCUCCGCCAGCCGGGUCAGCUCUCAGCAAUAUGGGCCCCCAGGGAAGUCUCGGCCGCGCCCGGGUGGAGAGGCCGGAGGGCGGGCCCUCCUCACAGCAAUAGGGGGAGGGGGCCCGGCCCCGCCCCGCCCGCCAGGGGCCUUGCGGGUCCCUUCAAGCAAUAGGGUCCUGAGGGGAGACCCACCCCGAACCCUCUCCCUUCCUCUCCAGGGUGCCCCAGGCUUUCUCCCAGCAAUAGGGUCGAAGAGACCCGGAACAGAACCUCAUCUCCGAGUUAGGUCUCUGAAGACCAGACUGGGGCGAGGCGAGAAGGGCCCUCCUCCUCCCUCCUCUGCGCCCCUGGAUCGUGCAGAGACUCAGGUCUUUCCCACCCCUUUCAAGCCUUCCAGGGCUAGGCCUGCGGCCGAGUCGUCCAGGGAGCCCGUGCCUCUCCGGCCUCAGACGAGGAGGGAGAGGAGGGGGGGAGGGCUGCAGAGGCAUCCCUAUUCCUCAGCCUUCACUGAGUGUCAGACGUGUUGGGGAUCGGGGAGGGGGGCGGAUGGCGGCACCCCUCUCCCUAGGGUUCCUUCUGGGGCCUCAAGUCCGAGCCGCUCUCCUACCGUCGCCUCGCAUUCUCUGCCAAAUCCGAAUUCUUCCAGCCCCGAUUCCUGGGCUCUGUCCUCCACAACGAAUAAUAAUGACGCAUAUCGAA